AUGACACACGUAUCAGAUAGGUCCGGAAUGGCGCAGAUGGGACGUCGACGAAGUCAACAGCGAACGUGUCGGGGCAUUAUACCGACCACUACGCUAGUGCUGCUCGCCAUCUUGCUUCAGCUAAUGGAUCUCGGCGAUGGGCCGGGGGGAGGAAGCGGCGGGUCAAUGCUGGUGGGGGCGGCUUGCGAAUCGCGCAAAAGCUGGUGGGAUCCAACGAUAGGCGAGUGCGUACCGUGCCGUGUCUGUGCGAAUCAUCAGGUCGUCCUGAGACCCUGCCAGGACUAUAUGAACACGGUUUGCGGCACGAUGAAGGAUCUGACCGCGGCUGAUCAUCGCCCCUACCCGCAUCUCCCGGACGGGAACGGUAAUGGGAUUGGACCCUUGGGCCGUACGCGCGACCAUCACUGGAAAGAGGAGCGUCGGAAAGAGGGCGAUGGUGUGGAGGGAUAUCGGCGCGUAGUGCCGGCCACCAGCACCGAGGAGAUUCUGUGGGACUGGCAGGUAGCGUCACUGCUGCUCGCCAUCAUCGGGUGUCUGCUGUUCCUGCUGGCAGCAGCCUGUGUCGCCCUCAACCAGAGUCGUCAGUGGCGCCGCAUCGAGAAACACUUUGACGCUGAUAUGGAAGCAUUAUCCGCGCAGCUCGUUAACCAUCUGGCCAGCAUGCAGCAUCUCGAGAGCGGACCGAUCCUGCUGGAGAACUUCGAUCACGGGCGGCUCCGGAGCACCGGCCACCAUCCGAUCGAGGUCCGGUGCGUCUACCUCGACCAGCUGCUCGAUGAGAAAUGUGCGCAGAAGGCGCUGAGCGUCCAGCCGGCGACCGGCAAUCUGUACAUCGAGGAGUCGAUCGAUACACCCCGCAUCCAGUCAUCGGUACCGUCCAUCCCUGCCCGAUCACCAGCAACACCGGCGGUCCCACCGAUCUCCCCUAUCCGGCACUACUGA